AUGGCACGGGCUAGGAAAGAAGCAGGGGACAGCCAGCUGGUGUCUGGUAGGGAGCCGUCAUCACGUAUCAUCCGAGUGUCUGUCAAGACCCCACGGGACUGCCAGGAAUUUUUGCUGGCAGAAGAUAGUAGUGUUCGUCACUUUAAAAAGCAGAUCGCUGAAUGCCGUCACUGUGACAUUGAUCGAUUGGUACUCAUCUUCACUGGAAAAAUCCUUAGGGAUCAAGAUAUACUGAGCCAGCGGGGCAUCCUGGAUGGCACUACAGUCCACUUGGUGGUGAGGACUCGUUUGAAAGGGUUAGCCAUCCCUGGAGCUAUGCCAGGCACCACAGGCCACAGCACCCAUCGUUCUGAAGCACUAGCCUCUGAGGGGGCUUCGAUGCUCAUUAGGCUUGGUCGGCUGGCCUGGAGCUCACCUGAUCUGGCUGACUUCUUUAGCCAGCUGACUCAACUCCUGAUGACUGCACCAGAGUCUGUGGUGCAGUUCUUGGAAGACCCUUUAAUUCAAGGUCUGGGCAAUGAGAAACAAGCAAACCACGUUCCUGGCAACCACGUUCCUGGCAACCACGUUCCUGAAUCCUCAAGGCCAGUACAGAAACAUGACCCAGCUCUCAAGACUCUGGAAACCUUGCAGAAGCGAGCCCAGCAGCAGGAGCUCCUGGAGGCAGGGAAACAGAGGCUGGAGACCUUGAAGGCCGUGCCAGGUGGUGACAAUGCCAUGCAUCCAAUCUGCUCUGAUCUCCAGCAGCUCAUGCUCUCCACUCUGGCCCUGUUAGUUGUCUCUAAAGGCCACAUUUCAGGUUCAGAGUCCUGCAAAGGAGAAACCAAUGCUCAUGGCAAUUCUGAUACUCCCACCACCAUUCCUACUGCUUCUGUGCCUGCUAGGCCAUUGGAACAAGAGGUCAGUACAGGAGUGGUUACCCAGGUCAGGGGCAUGGCCUCAAAUCAGGCCAGUUCAGGGCAUAGGACUGGUAUUCCAGACAUACAUUCAGGCCAGGAGCCUUCUUCUCAGGAUAGCCAGCAGUCCAUAGAGAAAAAUUCUCUACCCAAUCAGCUGAGACCUUCACCCUCUAUUUUGCGUGGACUCUUGUAUGCCCUACAGCAGAAUCCAAGUCUGCUACACCAGAUGACAACUGGCAGUCCCAUGCAUCAUCAGAUACCAAUACUUUCCAUUCUCACCAACCCGCGAGCACUUCAGGCACUGAUACAGAUAGAACAAGGCCUACAAAUACUGUCCAGGGAGGUGCCUGCACUAGGUCCAUUCUUACGGGACCCAGCUAGGCCACAUGGGGCUAGAGGAGUCGCAGAAAAUAGGGGUCAUAGAGAAAACUCUGUGCAACCCACCUUGGCUGUUCUUCAGUUCCUUCAUGAAUUGGUCCAUGCCUGUUCGCAGUCUACCCAGUCCUCAUUAUCCUCAUACCUUGUCACCGAAGGUCGCUACCAUCAAGAACUUGAGCAGCUGAAGGCCUUGGGUUUUGCUAAUCAUGAUGCCAACCUGCAGGCCCUGAUGGCCACAGAUGGAGACAUCUACGCUGCCAUUGAGAGACUGCUGGGAAUGCCAUAG